AUGAAGAGAGCCGUGUUACAUGCCCAAGAAUUCCCUGGCUCGCAUACAGGUACCGCCAUAGCCAGUGCGUUUGAGGGCAUGUUUACAGAAUGGAGAAUCCGGAAAGAAAAUGUGCACGUUGUCCUUCGAGACAAGGCACGAAAUAUGGUGAAGGCGAUGGAGGAGUGUGGUGUUAAAAGCCUGGGCUGUAUGGCUCAUCUGGGGCAGUUAGCAGUGCACGAUGCAGUACUAAGCCAGCGAAGCGGUGUUGACUCUUUGGCUAUAGCGAGAAAAAUAGUCGGACAUUUUAAAAGCUCCCCCCUUGGUACCUCUCGGCUGAGAGACAUCCAGAGAGAGAUGGGAAUGAAGACCAAGAUGCUACAACAGGACGUCCCAACGCGCUGGAACAGUACAUUCCUGAUGAUGACAACUCUCCUGGAACAAAAGCGCGCACUGGUUAUGUACGAGGCUUACCACGGACUGCCUGUAUCUCUCAACGCAAACCAGUGGAGUCUCAUUGAGAAAAUGACCACACUCCUGGCACCCUUUGAAGAGUUGACGAGAGAGAUUAGCUCGCAUACAGCUACAGCUGCUGACGUGAUCCCGUCUGUUGUGGCACUCAAGCGUUUUCUGAACAAGACAGCCGAAACCGACAGUGGGGUCAAAACGACCAAGUCUGCACUGCUUGAAGCCAUGAACAAGAGAUUUGAAACCACUUUCUCCGAGCAACUCUACUACUUGGCAACAAUCCUGGACCCCAGAUACAAAGAUCGCUACUUUGAUGCAGAUCUCAAGCAAGUGGCAAAAAACAAGCUAGAGAAAGAAGUGGACAAGAUGACAGUGUCAGCGACAACCAGCGCCAGUGCCACAUUUGGGCCUACACCAGACACAGAAGACACUGAGCCAGAAGAAGGUGAACCACAAGAAAAGAGGAUGUGUACACCAAGUGAAGGGCAUUCGUUCCUGGACAUGUUCGAUGAAAUUCUGGAGGAAAAGGAGCAGGAUGAACAGGCAACAGGUUCAACGAGUGUGCAGGUGCAUGGUUACCUGAGUGAGCCCACCAUCCCCAGAAAUGUGAGCCCGCUGCAGUACUGGCAAAGCAACAUGACCCGCUUCCCUGCCCUCGCCCCAAUGGCACGCAAAAUUGAAAGACCGCCACAUGGGGGUGGGAGGACAGGUAUGUUCUCCCCACACCAAGAGACCCUAAUUGUUGAUAUGGUCCGUGAGAACAAUGCCAUUAAACUGAGGGAAAUUCAGCAAAAGAUCAUUGAGGACCAGUGUUGUGCUAGUUACUAA